AUGGUCGCCAGCCAGAUAGCAGUAGCCUAUCAUCAGAGGUUCUUCCGGCAAAGAGGCGUGGCGGCAGGCCCUGGGGCGGUGGCGGUGUUGGGAGGGAUAGCAAUGGACAUCACUGCUAAGGCAAGUGACCCAACGAGUGCAGGGGCUCAGGAGUCUACUGUCCCAGGGUUUCUGUCGAUGUCCACUGGAGGCGUCGGCCUCUCCUUGGCAGAGAGCAUGGCGAUGUUGGGGGCGACACCUGGUCUUAUCUCAGCUGUCGGUCGGGAUAGCCAUGGGGAAGCCUUGAUGCAGCGUCUUCGGCAGAUAGGGGUGCCUACCACCAAUGUGAAGGAGUUGACCAGCGAGUCCACUGGUACAUGUACCCUAGUACUUGACGGUCGUGGAGAGCUUAUAUCGGGUGUAGCCGCGAUGGACAUCUUCGACCGUCUCGUCCAUCCCCUCAUCAACAUCCCUCAAGUCCUCAGACAGGAGGAUAU